GAUGCGGUGAAAUAGCAAAGGCGAAGGAAAGCACCGCUCUUAACCAGGAUUAAUUCAAAGGACAAGACGCCGUCGGUGCAAUUAGCUGAGAUACCAGCAAAGCUCACAUGGGACCCAUGUAGGAAGUUUAAGUCAUUUCAGACGGUUUGUUACGGCGGUCUUCAUGUGAGCUGUUUGGGUUUUUUACGGAGUGUUUAUAUCUCCCAGUGGCUAGCUCGAGCCUCGGUUAGCGGGUGCGCAGACAAACGGCUUCUCUGUGAGAUGAUAAUCGGACUCGCGGCAGUUUAACCUGAUAUAGCACUCCCUCUUUUCCUUGUUCAGGGCAGCUGUCGGCGUGUUUGGUGUUUUUCUUUUUUUUUUUUAGAAGCGUUUAGAUUCUUUUUUGUAGCAAGUCAAAACACAGCCAAUCUGUUUGUAAUUAAGCAAACAAAAAAACCCGAGGAUUUUGGCCCAUCAAGCCCACGGGUUUGCUAUUUAAAGAAGUAAAUAGAGUCUAAAGGCAAUUAUAGAACUUUACAAAAUGGCUGUACCCCGGACUUCAGUCUCUUCCAGGAAAAACCUGCCGAUAGUUUGUAAAUAGCAUUUCCUUGUCAGCUGUUUGGCUCCACGACUUUUUUUUUGUUGUUGUUCUGCUGGUAGAGGACCUUAACUACACCCUGUGUUGGAAACUGAAGAGGAAUAUCUUUUAUUUAUUUAUUUAUUCUCGUUUGUCUGAGGAAAGUUUUUAUUCCAUACGCUGAGAUCUUCAACUCAACAGUGAAGGAUGAAUGGCCUCUCUUUCAAAGAGCUCUGCUGCCUGUUCUGUUGCCCACCAUGUCCGAGUCGCAUCGCAUCCAAGCUGGCCUUCUUGCCUCCGGAGCCCACAUACGCCUUUCUUCCAGACCCUGAAGCGGACCCCCCCACACUGGGCGCAUCCGGGACGUCGAACCUACGGUCAAGGAGUGGAGCUUCGGUUUCUGGAGGAGCCGGUGGGGUGGAGGGGAAGUGGAAGCUUCACCUGACAGAUCGAGCAGAGUUUCAGUAUAAUCAGCGAGAUCUCGAUGAGAUCGAAGUGUCCUUCACUCGUUCCAGCAGGGGAAACCGAAUCGGCUGCAUGUACAUCCGUGUUGCAGGGAAUGCCAGAUUUACCGUCCUUUUCUCCCAUGGAAACGCAGUCGACCUGGGCCAGAUGAGCAGCUUCUACAUUGGCCUCGGCAGCCGUAUCGGCUGCAACAUCUUCUCCUAUGACUACUCAGGUUAUGGAGUCAGCACAGGCAAACCCACCGAGAAGAACCUGUACGCGGACAUAGACGCUGCCUGGCAUGCCCUGCGUACGCGGUAUUGCAUAAUCCCAGAGAACAUUAUCCUGUACGGACAGAGCAUCGGCACAGUUCCCACUGUGGACUUGGCUUCGCGGUACGAGUGUGCCGCCGUCAUUCUUCACUCACCUUUAACGUCUGGGAUGAGAGUUGCCUUUCCUGACACAAAGAAAACCUACUGCUUUGAUGUUUUCCCCAACAUUGAAAAAGUGUCUAAAAUCACUUCUCCGGUUCUCAUUAUCCACGGGACGGAGGACGAGGUGAUCGACUUUUCUCACGGCCUGGCCCUGUAUGAGCGCUGCCCGAAGGCCGUGGAGCCCCUCUGGGUGGAGGGCGCUGGACACAAUGACAUUGAGUUGUACGUUCAGUAUCUGGAUCGCCUCCGGCGUUUCAUUGGACAAGAAUUGGCUGUUCAGCACGCCUGACCUUCACGAGAGCAUCAUCAUGUCAUUUGAUUCUUCCUCCGGCACUUAACACGCUGCCUCCCUGUGUGGAAGACGGGAAUAAUGUCUUCUUAACUGUCCAUCAUGGCCCGCUGGACUACAGUGUCCCACGUUUCUACUGUAGGCCUCCACAUAGACCACGGACCGAUGAGGCACAAAGAGAUCUUUAUAAUCAGAUACGUUUAAGUGUGGAAGACGACGUUUAGACGGUUUCACUUAGCAGAAACCUAAAUAGUACUGAUCAUGUUUUAACAGAGCAGAUAAUGUAUCUAUUCGGUGCAAUAACAUGGACACAGUCCACAGAACAAUGGCAUUUGAUGAUGUUCAAAGAUAAGAAACCAUGGAGAUUUUCUAGUCUACUUAUACAUUGUGUGUGUGUGCGUGUGUGUGUGUCUCUAUGUGUAAAACUUUAAUCUGUUAACUAAAGUUGGCAGAAUAAUAUUGAAGCAUGGGAAACACUUUUGUUCUAAAAGUCUUCAUGCUAAAAAUGGGGAUUUUUUUUCCGUUUUUUUUAACAGAAAUUUUAAAUGAGACUCCAUAUCGGAUUUUACAUCAAGUAAUCAUGAGAUUUUUGUUUAAUCUCUAACACACCUCUAGAAUCAAGUGGAAACUUUUAAUAAAUAUAGACUCGGAUUAGGUUUGGUUUACUCUAUAGUCUUUGUUUGUCGUGGCAUUGGACUGCACUGCGUUGGAGGAAGUUUUCUGUCUUACGCGUGAACUGUGGUCUGAAUUUUUCGGGUGGAAAAGGGACAUCUGUACUGAUUUAAGCUUGUACUCUGAGUCUUUGAUUUAGUCUUCACUGUACUCAAUGUUUUCCUCAGGUAAACUUGUUUUUGACAUUUGGAUGGGAGCGUUCCAAACUCAUUCUGUUUAUUUUAAUAAGCUGAAUAUUUCUACAGGUUAUUUCAUGUCCUCCUUUUUUAUUGUAAACCAAGUAAUAAUUCAAACUUUGAUCCAAAAACCAAUAUACUCUUUGCAGGAAAGAUUGAUGAACCUUUGUCCUCCAUCUUUUUUUCUUACCAACUCGUGUAGAUCCCCGUUGGGGAGUGGGAAUGGACAGAAGAAAGACAUUCAGAAUGUCUUCAAGUGAAACACUAAAGUUAUUCCUUUUUGUUGAUCUUUUCUUUCACACCAGCUCAUGUUUGCACGUUGUUUUGCGACAGGAAGGUUAGCGUUAACACUAAACGGGCCUGGGUCAUCAACUUCAAACCUGUAAACAUCUUUUUAAUAUUGGUACUGCUUAGAUGCCUUUCUAGCAUCAUACAGUGAAUAAAACAUUUUUUCUGAAGAAUUAUGUUGACUAAAAAACAAUAAUUCCCACUGUAAAUACAGAGGAAUGCAGGAUCUAAGUACAGUAACUUUUUUUAUUGUGAAGCACGACCUUUUUGCACAAUUUCAAGCUAAAAGACGUUUUCAGGGGCUUCCCUCUGUCUUCAGUCUUUUUGAUGAUCUGUAAACACUAACAUUUAUGCACAAGCUCUACAUUUUUACAAGUCCUGGUUUUCUUACAAUCUCAAUUCUUUUUCUUUGCAGAUUUUUUUCCAAUUUUUAUAUUAAAACUUAUUUUUUAAUGGGACUAAUAUUUUGAGCUUGGUUUGGGAAGAAAAGGUAAUAAUGUCCCUCCCACUUAGCUUUGUUUUUUUUUUAUUUUGUCCACAGGCUGCAAACUACCAAAGUUUUAAAUCAUAAUGAAACUCUCUGUGUUUAAAGCAAAGAUUACACCAUUGUUUACCCUUUAUAGGUUCUUCUUUUAGCUCCGAGAGAUGCAAUGCAGCAAUUUUCAAGGUUCUUCAUCAGUUCCUGAACCAAAAUGUCACUCAACGUUUCUGUUGCUGAUGUUUUUUGUCUGAUAUGCAUCAGGGCGAAAGGUUCAAAGUUGAAUUUUUUUUCCGUCUCUUAUUGAUGUGAUCUUAUGUGUUCUAAGUUUGCAUCCAUGUGUGAGUUUGAAUCUUUAUGUAAAUGGCUUCUUUUCUUACAAACUGCAGAUCUCAUGUAAAUGCUCCCAUUCUUUAUUGUACUGACAUUUUCUUUUUUUUUUAGGUUUAAAAGAUUUAGUUUUUCUUCAAGAAUUGAAAAGAAUGAGUCAAUAAAAAAUACCCUGAAGUUAA